AUGGCCGCCAGAUUCCCAAGCGCCAUAUCACGGCGUCCGAAUAUAACCACCAGCAUCCACACCCCUCAACCUUCCACAUUAAAACCCUCGCACACACCACUCUCUCACACACCCUCACGAGCUGCAACAAUUAUCCGUCGACCGCGGCGACCGUACACCUUCACCCAGCUUGUCCAGCAAACAGACGGAUCGACAUACACGCAGCGCACGACGUCGCCGAUCGCGCUAUACAAGAGCACCAAGGACACGCGCAACCACAUCCUAUGGCAGCCCUCCGACAGCUCCCUGCGCAACGUCGAGGUCGACGAGGCUGGUAAGCUGGCUGCUUUCCGCGGCAGGUUCGGACGCGGAUGGGAUAUCGAGGGGGCGCGAGAGGAGGAUGCAUCUACUGCUACUGUGGAGGAUGGUAAAAAUGCCGAGGGAGUCGAGGGAGCUGAGGGAGCUGCAGCAAAACUAGCUGCCGCAGCUGAGAAGACGAGCAAGAGUGACCCUGUGGAUGGGCGAUACGAUGCACUAAGCGAUUUAAUCUCCAACUAUUCAACCAGCCAGGACCAGAUUAAAGAGUCGACCAGACCGGCCAAACAGUCGGGAAAGAAGAAAUAG